AGAGCGAAUUUAGUUUGUUUUAUACUCUUUAUCGGCCAAUCUGCUGCUCCCCGCUCCAGUCCAGCAGGUGGCAGUAAUGCGCCGACAAGCUGCCAUUAUAACCCGACGAAGAAGAAACCGACGGCCCUCUGAAUGUUUGGCUAGCUAACGUUAGCGUUAGGUGGCUAUUGCUGCAGCUUAAAAGAACAUUUGGUGACUCCAUUACGGGUGUGGGGGAGAUCCAGUCGUCAACAUGGGUGAAAGAAAAGGAACAAACAAAUACUACCCUCCAGAUUUUGAUCCAGCCAAGCAUGGAUCCCUCAACGGCUACCAUAAAACUCACGCUCUGCGGGAGAGGGCCAGGAAACUGUCCCAGGGCAUCCUCAUCAUCAGGUUUGAGAUGCCCUACAACAUCUGGUGUGAUGGCUGCAAAAAUCACAUUGGCAUGGGGGUCCGUUACAAUGCCGAGAAGAAGAAAGUGGGGAACUACUACACCACGCCAAUCUACAGGUUUAGGAUGAAGUGCCAUCUGUGUGUCAACUACAUUGAGAUGCAGACAGAUCCGGCAACCUGCGACUAUGUGAUAGUAAGCGGGGCAAACAGGAAGGAGGAACGCUGGGACAUGGCGGAGAAUGAGCAGAUCCUCACCACAGAGCGGACAGAGAAAGAAAAGCUGGAGACGGAUGCCAUGUUCAAGCUUGACCACGGUGGGAAAGACAAGGAGAAGCUCAAGAAGGCUCUGCCUUCUCUGUCGGAGAUCCAAGACCACAAGUCCGGCUGGAAGGACGACUUCCAGCUCAACAGCACCCUCCGCAGGAAGUUCAGGACGGAGAAGAAAGUUCUGGCUGACCAGGAGGAGAAGGACAACACAGUGAGGAUGAGGACCAACCUGUCCAUCCCGCUGCUGCCAGAGAAGGAGGAGGACAAGAAACUGGCAGCACUGCUCACCUACCAGGCACCCGACUCCUAUGACGACAAGCAGCACAGCAAGCGGAAAGAGAUCUCCUCUCGUUCGUGGUUCAACGCCACCUCAGCCCCGCCCGGAAGUCCUUCGGGCAGUCUGCUCCAUAAGCUCGGCCUGCAGGGGAAAGAAGCGGCAGUGGCCAAAGCCCUGGGCUCCUCGCACAGCCCCCUGAUCCGCAAACGCGUAGGAGGACCGGGAAUCAAAACCGAGCCCUGCGCCACCAUCACUCGCAGACAUUCAUGUGAUGGAGAGAAGGUCGCACAGAGACAAGAAGCCCCAAGUAUAGCACCAGAGCAGGUGGGACAGGAGAUAGCACAAACAAAUGGCGGUGGCUCCAGGGAGACACAUGCCGAAACUACGGAAGCAGAUAAAGGACUAACUAAAGACUUUGGGAAGGAGAAGGAACCGGAAAGACCUUUAGCAACUAUCACAUCCCUAGUGGCAGACUACAGUGACUCAGAUUCAGACCCUGGACACUGAGGCUGAAGGAUGAGCUAAAUGGGACAGUUUCUGUUCCCAGUGAGUGGAAGUCAUUUUGUGAAAGUGAAACAAACUGGAGAUGUUUUUCAGAGCCGCAGGCAUCAGCUGUAACUUGUGUUGCUUUUAACUUAAAAAAAAGUGGUUAACGCACCUGCCUGGUUUUAUUUCAAUAUUCUGUGCUCUAAAACAAUGUGUGGAAUAAGAUUUUAAUUUUAAGCUUUGUGGUCUGCAGGAAGCUCCGUCAUGAAUGUGUCAUAUGAUAAUGGAUCCUGUUAAUAAGGCCUUUGUUAAAACACUGCAACUGUUAUCUGAUGGUAUUUUGAUUGAAUCCCACACGUUUGAUCUUACAAAACUGUCAGGCACCCUGUGUUAUUUACUGUAUAAAAUACUGUUAAACUGUU